UGUUUAUGGUCACAUUGUAGAGAAGAACUUGGACAUUUGCAAUAAAUUAUCAAAAUAAACAAUUUUUGCAAGGAAUUUAAAUUUCAUAUUUUCAACAAUCAAAGCUAAGUAAACAUGUCGGCCGAUGUGCGUGAUAUUUUGGACAUGGAGCGUGCCAACACGCCCGAAGUGACAAGGGAUUCCUUUCUGGCCACCAAGAAGCGCAACUUUGAGCGAACCAAGAAUGCAUCUCGUCGUCCGGAAGGAAUGCACCGGGAGGUUUUCGCCCUGCUCUACACAGACAAGAAAGAUGCACCUCCACUUCUUCCCACAGAUACGGCUUUGGGUAUUGGGGCGGGAUAUAAACAGACGAAGGCUCGCCUGGGAAUGAAAAAGGUGCGCAAAUGGGAAUGGGCUCCGUUUUCGAAUCCCGCCCGAAACGAUUCUGCCGUCUUCCAUCACUGGAAACGAGUAAGCGACGACUCCACCGACUAUCCCUUCGCCAAGUUCAACAAACAGCUGGAGGUGCCAUCCUAUACGAUGACGGAGUACAAUGCUCACCUUAGAAACAACAUAAACAACUGGAGCAAAGUGCAGACAGAUCAUCUCUUCGACCUGGCCAGGCGUUUUGACCUCCGGUUUAUUGUGAUGGCGGAUCGAUGGAACCGUCAGCAACAUGGCGCCAAGACAGUAGAGGAGCUCAAAGAGCGCUACUAUGAGGUGGUGGCUCUGCUGGCUAAGGCUAAGAAUCAAACAAGUGAGAAGAAAGUAUUUGUAUAUGACGCCGAGCACGAGCGUCGGCGCAAGGAGCAGUUGGAGAAACUCUUUAAACGUACCACCCAGCAAGUGGAGGAGGAGCAAAUGCUCAUCAACGAGAUGAAGAAAAUUGAGGCCCGAAAGAAAGAGCGCGAGCGCAAGACCCAGGAUCUGCAAAAGCUCAUCUCGCAGGCAGAUCAGCAGAAUGAGCACGCAUCAAAUACGCCCAGCACUCGGAAAUAUGAAAAGAAACUUCACAAGAAGAAGGUUCACCACCAGCCGCGACCCUCCAAAGUAGACUCAGUGGUGAACGCCAUAGAGAUCGGCAGCAGCGGCAUCAAGUUCGCCGACCUGCGCGGUUCCGGUGUUUCUCUGCGCUCACAGAAGAUGAAGCUACCGGCGAACAUUGGACAGCGUAAGGUUAAGGCCCUCGAACAGGCGAUCCAGGAGUUCAAAGUUGAUCCCGCUCCGCCGCCCACGGAGGACAUAUGUACCUCCUUUAAUGAACUGCGUUCCGAUAUGGUAUUGUUGUGCGAGCUUCGCACAGCUCUGUCCACCUGCGUCUACGAGAUGGAGAGCCUCAAACACCAGUACGAAGCUGCCUGUCCUGGCAAGACGUUGAACAUCCCGCCCUCACUGGUGCCCAUCAAGACCGAAGCCCUGGAUAAUAGCACAAAUUAAUUAAGUUAACGCGGCCCGUUUCCACUCAGAUUCUCCAGACGCCGAAGUGUGUGCGGCGUGCUAAUCAUUGUAACCCGUUUUCCACUGUCCAUAUUUGUGCAUUUGCGCUACUCCCAGUCCGCAUGGGGAAAUAAAUGGAUAAACAAGAAAA